AUGGCCUUCACCAUCUUGCCCCUCAUGGCAAUCGCGGCCACGGCGCUCGCUGGACCCAUCGCCUCAGCAGCCCAACAGCCCCGAGCUGCCUCCUCGCCAUCCCCAACGGCUACCAAACCGCCGACUCUCGUCCUCCGCGACGGCCCAGUCAUAACCACCAUCCCCGUAAGCUCCUGCUACAACUACGCCGACCCACACGCCGGUAGCACCGGGAUCGACGGCUGUUCGUGCGAUGGCUACGACGACUUACUCCCUCGCACAUCGAUCGAUGAUACUCUUCGCGACUACAGCGCCGUCACGACCGCCAUCGAGACGACUGUCAACGGCUUCCCGUUCACUAGGACAAUGUCGAAUGAGGCUAUAGUGGCGUAUGCUUCCACGACAAUCUAUCCGGGAGGUGGGGUCUGGUAA